AUGUCCCUAAUAAAAGAACAAAAACAACCAGAGGCUACUAAUCUGUUCAACCAGCCUGGUUUCACAUCAAGCUCAGAAAAUGCAUCCUUUAAUGCAGUGCCAAACAUCUCACCGACAUUGGAAAGCGCGAAUUCCGUUCAAUAUACCAACGGCAGCAACUUAAAUAGGCCAAAUAAUGAUUCUGUGCCGCUUGUCAAUGAACAUAAUUCCUCUCCUUUAAAUCUAUCAUCAGUACUUCACAAUUUGUCUAUCAGUGGCAUUGAUAUAAAUGAUGAUGAUGAUAUGGUAUCAAAUGAAGAGGAAAAGCUUAUUUCACAUGGUCCAUAUUUGUUAAAAAUUAGUCACAUCCCAGAAGAUAUUACUCUUAGAGAGUGUCAUUCGAUAUUUGCCUUGGCAACUGGUAUACUGAAUGUGGAACUUAGUAAAACUUCAGGCUCUGAUAAUACUUCGGUUAUAAUUGCCAAGUUUGAUAACUUAGUAAUUGUUUCACAAUAUGCCUCUAUAUUAAGUACCAAGUGUGAUAUAUUUGGUCCAGGUAGUGACUCAGCUUGUAUAAUUGAAGUUAUUGAUGAAAUUACAAACAAACCCAUUGAUUACAGGGGGAUUGUGCCUAAACAACAUAAUUACUUACUUUCGAGUGAUGUACGACUGUUGCCAGUUUUCGGUUCUUCCCCAGAUUCUAAUUCUAACAAGCCAGCUUCUAAUAGGAAAAAUUCGAUGAUUUUCCCAAAAUCAAGGUUUUCCUUCAGUGAUCCAUUUACCAAUGAUCCUUACUUUGCUCCUUCCCAACAAGAAAGCAUAGGUCAAAAUAAUAGUUCUAACACUACUAUCAACAAUAACAGUAGUAACGAUAUUAAUAAUACUAACACUAAUAGUAGUAUGCCAGCUACAAGCAAGACUCUUUUCACAAUGGAAAGUGACAAUAAUGAAGAUAUUUGGAAUCCUAUAACUACGCAACCUGUUAGUGCCACAUUAAAUGAAUUUCCUCAGUCUUCUACUCCAGUAUUUGAAUGGGGUCCACUCGAUGUUAGAAAAAACAGCAUUCUUUUUAAUUCGGUUAUGAAUCAUAACAGCACCACUUCUGAUAUAAUGCCUCAAAGUGCUAAUGGGAAUAUAGGACAUUCGACCGUCUCAGAAAGUGCUAGCUCGGUUGGUCCAUUGGCAUCACAAAGCUCUUAUAGUGCCAUGCAACAGUAUCUCCCACCUACUUCGUUAAACAACUAUAUGAGAGCUUCUGAUUCUGCAUCUGUUACAUCAUCAAAAGAUUCUUCCAAUAUAUUGAUGGCAGGUUCCAAUUAUCCACAGCAAAUGCAAUAUCCUCCUCAAAUCUCGAAUGCAAACACCAUAGCAUCUCAAAGCAGUUCGAUUCAGUUGGGACAACAAUCAUUAAAGCCGGACGCAUCCUACAGAAGUUUGAUUAGUACACCUUUCUCACAGCAAUAUAAUACUCCUGCUGCAAUGGGUAUAAACUCAUCGUUAGGUAAUAAUGGAGUGCUAAAUAACAUUUCAAAUGUCAACGUCGAAAACCCUAAUUCCGAGAAGAAGAGGCCAAAUGUUAGUAAUGCAGCCAAUGUUAAAAACGAGUCAGCAAUAUCACAAGCUGAUUUAUCAUUAUUAGCUAAAAUUCCACCCCCAGCCAAUCCUGCUGAUCAAAAUCCACCUUGUAACACUUUGUAUGUUGGUAAUCUACCUCCUGACGCGACAGAACAGGAAUUAAGGCAGCUAUUUUCUAGCCAAGAAGGUUUUAGAAGAUUGUCAUUCAAAAACAAGAGCAUUCCUGGACAUGGUCAUGGUCAUGGGCCAAUGUGUUUUGUUGAAUUCGAUGACGUCAGUUUUUCCACUAGAGCUCUAGCAAAAUUAUAUGGUAGCCAAUUACCUCGUUCUACAAUCAAUAGCAAAGGAGGGAUCAGAUUGAGUUUUUCAAAGAAUCCUUUAGGAGUUAGAGGCCCUCAAGCUAGGAGAAGUGCAAACAAUAGUAAUUCAAGUGUUGGUAUCAGCACAGCAAAUUCCAAUACAUAUAUGUCUAGUUAUAAUAAGUUGUAA